CGUCAAUACCGCGUCAGCUGAUCACAUUUAAAAAUGUUGGGAAUUAAAUAUUUAGAUGAGGCCCAUUUGAAGGGUUUCGAACGAUACAAGUACAACAGUAUCGACACCAGCUAUCUAAGUAUCUACGUGAUGCAUCCAUUCUGGAAUUGGUGUGUGAAGUUCCUGCCAAAAUGGUUGGCACCUAAUCUUAUUACAUUUACUGGAUUUCUCAUGACCGUAGUCAAUUUCAUACUCAUUGCAUAUUAUGACUGGGAUUUCUCGGCAGCAAAUAAUAUGGAAAAUAGUGUACCACGUUGGGUUUGGUCAGUGGCAGCAAUUAAUAUAUUAAUAUACUAUAAUUUAGAUGGUAUGGAUGGAAAACAAGCGCGUCGCACAGGUACAAGUGGUCCUCUGGGUGAAUUAUUUGACCAUGGUUUAGACUCAUAUUCGGCUGUGCUAAUACCAAUUUAUAUGUUUUCACUGUUUGGUUCUGAUGAUUUACCACCAAUUCGCAUGUUUUUCGUGAUAUGGAAUGUGUUUCUUAAUUUCUACCUUACGCAUGUAGAAAAGUACAAUACUGGUGUUAUGUUCUUGCCAUGGGGUUACGACUUCACAAUGUGGGGUGUCAGUUCAGUGCUUUUCUUUACAUCGAUUGUUGGACCUGGCGUAUGGCGUGCCCGUUUCUAUAGUUUAACAAUGGCGAAUGUGUUUGAAAUCAUUUUAAUUGGUUCCGGUAUUGUCACAAGUCAUCCUAUUAUUAUAAAAAAUAUUUAUUUAUCGUAUAAAAAUAAAACUGGUAAAAUGCGCCCAUUUAUGGAAGCUGCACGUCCACUUUUUGCAUUUCUGUGGCUUUUUGUUAUCACUAUGAUUUGGUGCUUGUUUUCACGUAAUAAUAUUGUAAAUCUAGAGCCAAGAAUAUUGUUUGUGCUAUUUGGCACAUUGUUCUCGAAUAUAGCGUGUCGCCUGAUUGUCGCUCAAAUGUCUGACACACGCUGUGAUUCCUUCAAUAUACUCAUGUGGCCAUUGAUGGCAACGGUAGCUGUGAGCUGUUUUCCGUGGUAUGAGCAGGUGAUUGGUAUGGAAAUAUCUGCGGAUGCAGAACGCUGGACAGUGCAGGCAUUAACCAUUUUCACAACCAUAGCCCAUUUACAUUACGGUCAAGGCGUGGUGCGUGAAAUGUGCGAUUAUUUCAAAAUUCGGUGCUUUAAAGUAAGAGAAAAACCUGGAUAUGAAAACACGAAUGGAAAAUCAAUUAUUAACAAAGAACUUUAAUCAACAUUAAAUAAAACUAAAUGAUAACAACUUUUAAAAUUUGACCAAGUACUAACAAAAAGGGGAUCCUUAAUUUAGAUCAAAAUAAUACAAAAACAUU